GCUGGUCCAUGGUCUACAAUCACCUAUACGUUUGUACCUGACAUGCAAUGCUGUGGAACUCGCUAGGUAAUUUAAAUUUAUUAAGGAAACCCUGCUGCUUCUUAUCCACACCUUUUGUUCUAACUUGAAUAAUUUUUUUUCUCAGCCUGAAUUAAAGGCUGUUUUGUGAGGUGGUCAAAGGAGAAGUCAUUCUGUGCUGUUAAGUUCUUUUAAGGACUGCCACCUUCUCCAGACAGAGACAACAAAGAGUCUUUAAUACACACAGGGUGUGCUGUUGGAGUAGAUCUUUCCACUGAAGGCUUGGGGGCGGGGGAGCAGUUGGAAUCAUAAGAGUUUAGCUCUGUCUUCCAGGGGAGUGGUACGGCUGGGUGUUCAGACAUUCCUCAGCUAACUUGCAUGGAGCUGAAAUUCAGGGUAGAUAUGCCAGGAUCGAGCAACGCUUUCAUUCCUACUUUGAACGCCAUCACCACCAGCCAAGACUUGCAGUGGAUGGUCCAGCCCACCGUGAUCACCUCCAUGCCAAGUGCCUACUCGCGCUCACAUCCCUACAGCCAUGCGCUGCCAAAUCUGUCUUCAAUUACUGGACACACAGCCCUUCAGAGACCUGGUGUCAUUAAAACCAUUGGUACUACAGUGGGCAGAAGGAGAAGAGAUGAGCAGCUAUCACCUGAGGAAGAGGAGAAACGAAGAAUUAGGAGAGAGAGGAACAAGCUGGCAGCCGCUAAAUGUCGUAACAGACGCCGAGAAUUGACAGAGAAACUCCAGGCGGAAACUGAAGAGUUGGAGGAAGAGAAGUCAGUGUUGCAGAAGGAGAUUGCUGAGCUGGAGAAAGAGAAGGAGAAACUGAAGUUCAUGCUGAUGGCUCACAGCCCCAUGUGCAAGAUCAGCCCUGAGGAGCGUCGAACCCCACCAACACACAGCCUCCAGACCAUCCGGACUGGAAUGAGUGGUGCCAUUGUAGUGAAACAGGAGCCGGUGGAGGAAAAGAUACCUUCCUCUUCCGAUCUUGAAAAAGAGCAGAGAUCUGUCAUCAAACCUAUCAGCAUUGUAGGGGGGUUUUAUGGGGAAGAGCCACUCAACACUCCCAUUGUGGUGACCUCGACACCUGCCAUCACUCCUGGAGCAUCCAACUUGGUCUUCACCUAUCCUAGCGUGAUGGACCAGGAGUCGCCGCUCUCUCCUUCAGAGUCCUGUUCAAAAGCCCAUCGGAGGAGCAGCAGCAGUGGCGACCAGUCCUCGGAUUCCUUAAACUCUCCAACUCUGCUGGCGCUGUAACCCCUUCUUGCUGCUGCCCCACCCAGUUACUCUUAAGGGGGAAACCCCCUGCUUUGUAGAUCAAAGAGCCAGCACAAUGGCAUUCAAGCACAAGGGCAGCAAGAGGAGGAAGAAGAAAGAAUGAUGUAGCUCCAGGUACUUCCUGUCGCAGGAAGGGCCAGAACAAAUGCAAGCCAUAUAGAAGUGGGUGGGGAGCAGAAGUUGCAUUAGUGGGACCCAACUACUUAGACUACAUGGUGGUGGGGAAAUCCUGCCCCCAUUUACAGUUCAGUGCAAACAGAUGUGAGCUUCAAUAUAUCACUAGCCAUUCUCCUGUCAUGUUGCUGAGUGGACUGGUCUGACCAGGUUUCCUUCUCUGCUAAGUAGUACAUUCCAAUGGGUUGAUCUCAUUUGGGCCUUAACUUUUUGAUUUCUGUUGGAUACCAUGACAUUUCGAAAACUCUAAAAGCUUGUGGCAAUCGUAAUGAAACCGCUGCUGUUAUUGGGAUCUUCCUAUGGGGAAUUCUUGCUUUUGUUGAGUGGUUUUUGGUAUGCUUUCGCAAAAAGUGAGAGGAAGAAACGAUAGCUCCAAAUGGUCCUUUUAAAGUGGUAAUCCCAGCACCUUCAUAGGAAGGUGGUGGUAGGGAAGCAAGUGAGCUAAAAGUGCUUUUUAUAUUCUGUUAGCAAAUGGAAAAAUAGUCUCCUUGAAGGAGAUGGGAGUGUGGAGAUGUGUACAUUGUUUAUCCGUGGGCUGCAAAGGCCUCUGAUAGCAGGCCAAGAGUAGUGGCAAAAUUGCUGGGGAAAUGCCAGAGUGAGUUUCCACUAAGCCUUUGUCCCUGGCACGGGCUUCUUCUGUAAUUAGUGUUUCUCAAAUCUGUUGCUGGACCCUACACUUCCUUUCCCUUUGGCUGCCAGCCACCUUGGAUGUGAUACAUCCCACUCUGACAUACGCCUGACUCAGAGAACGGUGCCAUUUCUUGAACAAAGCCACUGGUUCCCAGAUCUGCGGACCCUAGCACUGUAGCAGCACUGCUGUUCUUUUCUUGUGACUAAUCCGGGAAAGGGAUUCACUGAGGGUAAAAGUGCAGGAAGUUGGCUGGGAGCUCUUUUAAGAGAAUGCCUACCCCCUGUCCCCCGGGACAUGUUGACUGUAUUUCAUUCAUCAGUCCUCAGCCAAAGUUGUGUGUGUGAUGUGCCUGUACAUGCGUGUGUGUGUGUUUGAUGGCUUUGGGCCUUGUUAUUCCUUUUCCUCUAGAACUGUGGUGGUCUUAGAGACAGCAAAAGGAAAAUGGUUUCUACACCUGGUCUUGGGUCUUCAUUUGCAUUGGGUCCCUAUGCAUCCAGCUCAGUAUGGCAGUUGUGGGUGUGUGUGGAGACCCUGUGCUCACUACUGAAGCAGGCAAUGCACUUCACUCAAUAUAUCUCCAUGAUUCUGGGGCAAAAUCCUGGUGAGGACAGUUGCUCUUAAAGCAACAUGCAGCUGUCUGGUUAUGCAGAGCGGCAUAUAAAUAAAUUGGGAGAAUGGUUUCUGGGUCCUCAGCUGGUACAGGGUAGGCUCUGUUUUAAAACUGAUCUGUGCAGAACAUCUCACUUAUCCCAGGCCAGCUCCGAUUCAUCAUUUUCUAUUAGCAAGUUUCCACUGUCAUCCCCCUCCCCAUUUAACCUUUGGGUACAUUAGACCAGAUGGCUGAAGGAAUUAAUGAGCUCACUGGGCCGUGUUCUUCGGGGACCGGCUUUAUGAGCUGGGGGAGCGUCUUCAAGCCAUGUUAGCUCUGUUGGGUGAGCACUGCUAUUUCCCUGGAAGCGUUGCCUUAGUAGCUGGGGAACUCAAUCUUGAGUUUUUCUGAAGUGUUUUUCCAGUGAAGUCAGUGACCAAACUUCCAUUGACUUUUAAAAUGCAUCUGGGUUAUAGCCAUGGUUUUUCAGGUCAGCGGCUUCCAUGUGCAAAUGGGUAUAAUUCUACGUGGUCUGUGUGAUCCAGUCUUCUGGCCACUUAAAACAAACAAAUCUGUAAACCCAAUAUUAUAUAUUGCAACAAGAAAAGCCAAAGAGCAUGACCUGAAUAACUUGUCCAAAUGUUGACUCUGGUUGCUAAAUUUGCAUUAUUUAUUUUUGCCUAUGCUGGCCAUAGGGAGAAAGAAGCAGCUGUGGAGAUGAUGAAACCCUAUCUCUGGUCACUGGCAGUUGUGCCUACUGCACUUCUGGGCCUCUACAAGUACAGCAGGCAUUGCCUACAUGUUUUUCAAGCUUUUUGUCUUGAUAAUAAAAGCCAGAAAUUUACUGUGUAAAAUUUACUGUAAAAUUGAGAAAGGUCACCAACUGAAGUUUUGUUAGAUCUUGCCUCUGAUACCAAACUCUGCACUUCAAUAAUGCAAUACUUACACCUGGAAUAAACAGAGAGAGUUCUGCCUGUAA